ACGGCGGAAGUGUCUUCUGGGCUGGCGUGCGCCUGCUUGGGGGCGGGCAGGGGUCCGGGAUCCCGGAUCCGGCUCGGACAGGUGGACGUGAGGCUUGACGGUGCCAGGCACUGUACUAAAUUCUGUGGAUACAAAGAGGCCAAAGACGGUCUUUGCCAUCAAAGAACUUACAAUCUAAUACGGGAGGCAACAUGCAAACAAAUAUAUACAAAAAUGUUGGUCACAUGAGGAAAGGGCCAAAAGGAGAGCAAUUUUACAGGAAGAGGAAAUCCCAUCUUUCUGGUGCAACCAUGAGAGUAAAUCAGAAUACUGUGCUGCUGGGACAGAAGGUGAUCCUGGUACCCUACACCACAGAGCAUGUACCCAGAUACCAUGAAUGGAUGAAGUCAGAGGAGCUGCAGCGGCUGACAGCCUCCGAGCCUCUGACUCUGGAGCAGGAGUAUGCGAUGCAACACAGCUGGCGAGAAGAUACUGAUAGUGAGGCAUUGAGGCGAGGGGUGGGGAGAGAAUGUACUUUCAUUGUGCUGGAUGCAGAGAAAUGGCAGGCACAGCCAGACUUGGCCGAAGAGAGCUGCAUGGUGGGAGAUGUGAACUUGUUCCUUACUGACUUGCAGGACCCAACUUUGGGGGAGAUUGAGGUCAUGAUUGCUGAGCCCAGCUAUCGACGCAGGGGGUUUGGCACAGAGGCAGUUCUGAUGAUGAUGGCUUAUGGAAUGACCACAUUAGGUCUCAACAAAUUUGAAGCCAAAAUUGGACAAGGAAAUGAGCCUAGCAUAUGCAUGUUUAAAAAGCUUCACUUUGAGCAGGUGACUAUGAGUGACAUCUUUCAAGAGGUGACACUGAGGCUUCUGGUGAGUGAGCCGGAGAGACAGUGGCUCCUGGAGCAGACCAGCCACAUGGAAGAGAGGCAGUACAGAGGCAGGAGCUGGUGGAGCCGUGAAGCUAACAGUUGCUGAUCUUUCCUGGGAGCCCUACUAGCUGGCCUGGUCUUGUAGGGAAGAUUUUCAGAUCGAUGGGUAGAGGAAUCUCAUCUACACCCCCCGUAAUAGCUUGUACUAUUAGGACAGAGCCCUUAUACUCCUAGAGUUUCCUUGGCAAGCCACUCCUCAGAGGCCCAUCCGGGAAAAGUCUCUUCUCUCCCUGAACAAGGGAGUUAAAAUACCUACAGAUCAUUGACUCGCUUGCACUUGACAUUUGAUGGGAAUGGCUUUGCUGAAGUAAAGAUGAGGGAAGACCCCAUUUGGAAUCAGGAAUAGAUAGGAGCGAUCCAGGAAGGACGUAACUGUGAAGACCUGCAGCCAGCAUGACUACACUGUGCCUCCUUCCUUCUUUGAGGCCUGGUGCUGCUGGGCAUGGCUACUGUAUAUGGAGGAUGCCAGGGUUUCAUUGCCACUGGCAUAUGAAAUCUAGACUGGGUUUAGAGAAGCCUAUAAAGUGGAAAAUAUCAAGUCUGGGAGAAGAGGGAAGAACCCACAGGAAUCCUUGAAACUGGCCACAUGCCCUGGACUGAAUGAGAGCUCUGUACUGAUCUCCAGCUUCUCUGUAUGCCCAGCCUCACGGCACACUCUUCCUGACGUAUGGGCCCUGAUGUCGGGUUCUAAUUAGUAGUACUGAUGGGGGAGGGGGAGUCCAGAACUUGCUGUAAUAGAGCAGUGCUUUCCUCCAUGAGAUAGUGCUCAACCCCAACCCUGGCAUUACCGUGCUAGCAAGCUCUCCACAUGGCCACCAGAUGGCAAUAGAGGAGCGAUCUGAGAUAGCCUGAGCUGAGCAAGAGUGUCACAGGGUGCUAGAGACAGAAAGGCUCAUAGGUUGAGGACAACCCCCAGAAUGACCACCACCUCUAUUCUAGCCAUCAUGAAAGUACAGGGCUGUUUCCAAAGUAUUACCCUGAUACAAGAUGCGCCCGAGUUUGUUUACUCAUCUGUAAAAUAAGGGGAAUUCAAACCACAUCUCUAACAUUAAGAAAUUACCUUGAUGGGUAAGGAAAGAACCAAAAUCUACACCCUCUAUUUCUGGCCAUCUUUGAAAUUGCUAAUGCAGCCCCCGCCCUAUCUCAGCCUCUCCACCCGUUCGUGGCCUAGCCAGAGAACCCCAAGGACAUAGAUUUCUUCAUCUUGGCAAGUAAAGCUGGGGCCGGCCCCAGUGCAAUCUUAACAGUAAGAGGUUUUCAAAUUGUAGGGACGGGGCUUGGGGACCAAAAAGUUGAAGAAACUGGGUUUGAUUUGAGUGCUCAACUCCCAGUUCCUAACCUGUUUCUGGUAUCAUAUUUUUUAAAGAUACCAGUCCACAGCCCCACUUUGAGGCCCUUGGAAGAAUUAUAAUCCUCUUUAACUAAAGUGUUUUUUUAACCUGUCUUUACUUCAUAGGAUUUACAGCUGGAAACGGCCUAAUUAACCCCCAUCAUUUUAAGAUGGGACAAUUGAGACUCAGGUUAACUUACUUCCUCAAAGUUGAAUACAGCAAAAACCAGCGUUUGAAUCCAACUUCUCUGACCCAAGGUUCAGUGCUCUUUCUCCUAGAACACUGCCUUUCAGUGCCCAUUUAAGGAAGGAGCUGGGCCUAAAUCAGGAACAUCAACUCCUCUGCUCCUUUUCUCAUGGAAUGGACACCAACCAAUUAAUCCUGGUAGAUACUACAGGUCCUGUCCGUAUUCCCAGACUCUAGUAACGUCUCACCCCAAUAAACAGAGCUGGGAACCAAUCUCUAUGAUCUAGGCGACUUCUGUCCCCUGCCUUUUUCAAAGAUAGAGCAUGGUGCCCUCAUCCUUCAGACUCUUCAACUUUUAUUGCCCCCAAGCUGCUGCUUUGUGUACAGUACAUGCUGGGAUUAGAGGAACAAAACUAAUGAGUGAGGCUCCCUGCUUCAGGCAGAUAAGAUAAUAUCAUUGGAGCUGGCUCAGGGUCUCACCAGUCCUAGCAAUCUAUGAACCACCAACAGGCCAGGCAGAGAUUAAAGCCAAGUCCUUGUAUUCCCAGCUACCUCCCCCAGCCCAGGGCUUAGUGCCUCCUAAUAACCCAGGCAUCAUUCAGCAGAAGUCCUCCCCUCCUUUUUCUCUGCCUCAUUCCAGACUUCUAAUCAUCUAGGACUCGGCCCCCAUUCCUCAGUGUGCCAGACUAAAGUUUCAGUUGUGGGGGCACCAAAGGUAAAUCUGAACUGAGUGACUGGUGGUGAUGGGGGGGGUGGGUGGGUGUGUGGGUGUGUGUGUGGAGUGAAAUUUUUGGGCCUGGUUUGAGAGAGGCUAGGAAAGGGGUGGGGGUGGGGUGAUGGGUUCCAGGGAAGAGAAACUCCAUAUAUUUAUUAAUGAGGUGCUAAACUUUUUUUGCCUACUGAAGGAUUGCAAGUUCUAUCAGUGACUUCUGUACCUAGAGGACAAAGCACUUGUUUCUCCACCUUAGUUACUACUGAGGUAUAUACCUGUACAUAUUUAGACUCUGAUUUAGCUCAGCACUUGUAUAGUGCAGAGUUCUGUGAAUAAGGGAAGGUAUUUUAAGAACUAGGUCUGCUAUUCCUCUUCUCCCCCCCUCCACCUUAGGUUGACAAGGCAGAGAAGACUGGAGCUGCAAACAGCUCCUCUGACCUGAGCUAUAGCCACCUUUUUCUUUUCCAAAGAUCACCUGGAAGGGAGAGGUUGGGUAUAGGACAUGGAAUAAGCAUACAGGGAAGGGUAAGAGGAACCAGUGGAAUUUGUGCUAGAGCUUUAUUACUGAUUAGAUUGUGAGCUCCUUGUGAAAGCCAGGGACCUUUCUUUGUAUCCCAGGUCUUAGCAGUGUGUGGCAUGAAGUAAGCACUUAAUAAAUGCUUGUUGACUGACUGAUGGACGAAUCUCAGCUGGGAAGGCCCUAGGUAGUAUUGGGUUCAAAGCCUAGGGCAGUGCUGUAAGUAGUCUCAGAGUAGGGAAAAGCAAGCUCAAGACAAAACAAGCAACUUCCAACACGGGAACUGGGAGAAAUCAUGUUAAUCAUAGCACAAAAAAAAUCCUUCUAAACUUAUGUAUGACACUAAAACAGACAUUCCCCACCCCCCAAAACCCAAACAUCCUGAUUUGUAGCUUUUAGGGAGAAGACCCUGUCCGUCCCUGAGCUGUGGUUUCUGCCCUUAGGGCUUCUCAUUCAGCCAUUCCCUGGCUCUGGACGGUGUUAUGUUAGAAUGGCAUGAAAAAAAAUUAAUCGGG